GUUUGAUCGGUAAAUUCACCCUUUCCGUACUCCUUUUUCCCUGCGCUUGAUUAUCAAACACAAAUCCCUCUCUCUUCAAGCAAGACCUUCACCGCUGCCGAAACAAACAAACCUCUCCGUCGCACCAUAAGAUGUCGCCCCUGCAGUGCAGACUCCUUCUCCCCACAAUUUCCUCCGCUUCCCUUUCUAUUCCUUAUCCAACAACUAAUUCAACCGUCUCUGGUGCUAUACCGGUUCGUAGCUCUUCGGCCUCUUCCAUCUCUCCGUUCUAUCUCCCCAUCAAAGUAAUA